GUGGUCUGAAAGCAGCCCCGGCUGCUGGACUGGCGUGCUGGCUGGACGAGUCUGGACUCUCACGCAGUCUGAGGAACAUCUGUGGUACACCUUGCAUGAGGAGGAGAAGGAGGAUGGGGGCAGAGAGGAGGAAGGCCUCUCCGAACCUCCCAUGAAGAAGAGCAGGAAGCAAGCACAGCCGGAACCUAAUCGUGCUGGGACAAGCGAACGUCCGGGCAGCCAUUUGCCUGCAGAGCUGGCUCGGGGAGCAGACGGGUUGACUCCUUCUCAGAUCCUCCAGGACUAUUUCCAGCUACACGUCAACGUGUCUGCCUUAUACCAGGGUUGGUCUUACGUUGACUCACAUUUCCGGGAAGUAGGUGUUAAAUUCCCAGGCGUCCGGGUGCUGCGGCAGGACCCAGUGGAGUGCCUCUUCUCCUUUAUCUGCACCUCCAACAACCACUUGUCCCGCAUCACCAACAUGAUUCAACACCUGUGCCAGGCCUUUGGGCGCCGCCUCUGCCAGCUGGAUACCAAGACCUAUCAUGCCUUCCCCUCACUGCAAGCCAUGGCAGGAGCAGAUACAGAGGCCCGGCUGAGGGACCUGGGAUUCGGUUAUCGGGCCCGGUUUAUUAGUGAGAGCGCCCGGGCUGUCCUGAAGACUCUUGGUGGGGCCGCUGGCCUCCAGCAGUUGCGCACUGUCCCUUAUGAGCAGGCUCGGCAUGCCUUAUGCACCCUUCCAGGAGUGGGAGUCAAGGUGGCUGACUGUGUGUGCCUCAUGGCACUGGACAAGACUGAGGCUGUACCAGUGGACACCCACAUAUGGCAGGUUGCCAAACGUUACUAUGGCCAAGAGUUGGGGAUGGGGGCCCGCAGUGUGACGGAGCGUGUCCAUCGAGAGAUUGGAAAUUUCUUCCGCAGCCUUUGGGGACCAUAUUCUGGAUGGGCCCAAGCAGUCCUUUUUUGUGCUGACCUAAGGAAGAACCAAGAGUCCUCAGAUCCAAAUACCAAACACCGUUGCAUCAAAGUGGCUCAGAGCAGCCACUCCACCUUGACAUAG